GCAGUCAUUUUCUCUGCCAACCAGCUUGCUGUCGCUUCGCCAGAUGUUGACCACGAUGUGAAUACCCUGCUUGUUCACGUCUUUCACACUGCUGAAACUAUUUAUGAGAGUCCUUGGGACAUUGACAGCGACUAUACUCCGAGUUACAGGAUAUUGUGGCCGCGCGGCGAACCAGAGGGCAUGACUAUUCAAGUCAAAGACCCUAUGAACCCAAAUGAACUAGCAUUCACAGUUCAGGUCGCGGAUGGAAAAAUCAAGCGCUUUGGUCGAAGGUUUGAAAUCGACGAGGCCGAGGAUUUUGAGCUCUCUGAACUGCUAGAGCGCCUGCUGCUGUGGGCAGAGGAGCAGGAUGCCGCGGACCACUAGCCGGAUCGCAACAGAGCUUGCGUGCGCAAAAUGUUGCCACGAUGCACAUGCAAGUGCGAGUUUGUACAUUGUUGUAUUGGACUGCCUUUACCAUGAAGCUCCCAACUCUGUCUCGCCGCGCUCUGGCGCUGGCUCUGCUUGGCCUGGUGGUGCUGGCCGCGACCGGCGUGCACGCCGCUAAGAAGGGCAGCAAGAAGAAGGUUGCUGCGGAUACCACUAUCACGCACAAGGUGUACUUCGACGUGGAGAUUGAUGGCAAGCCUGAGGGCCGCAUUGUGGUUGGCCUGUACGGCAACACCGUGCCCAAGACCGUGGAGAACUUCCGCGCCCUGUGCACCGGCGAGAAGGGCACUGGCACCUCGGGCAAGCCGCUGCACUUCAAGAACAGCAUCUUCCACCGCAUCAUCCCCCAGUUCAUGAUCCAGGGCGGUGACUUCACCCGCGGCGAUGGCACCGGCGGCGAGUCCAUCUACGGCUCCCGCUUCCCCGACGAGAACUUCGCCCUGAAGCACACCGGCCCCGGCGUGCUGUCCAUGGCCAACGCCGGCCCCGACACCAACGGCUCUCAGUUCUUCAUCACCACAGUCACCACCAGCUGGCUGGACGGCCGCCACGUCGUGUUCGGCAAGGUCGUGGAGGGCAUGGACGUGGUGUACAAGGUGGAGGCUGUGGGCACCAGCAGCGGCAAGCCCAGCAAGAAGGUGACCAUCGCCGACUCCGGCGAGCUGCCCCUGUGAACCGCGACUGACACCAAGCAGGAGCAGCAGGAGUGGCGCUGGAGCUGGCUGUGGGGCGGACGUUGAAUGCCCUAGUAAGCACAGGUGUUCAACGUGCGCAUGUGCGAGCGGAACGCUUACGUGAAGUGAUGUAGAUGGUGGUGGGAGGGCCUGCGUAUGCUAUGCUCUGUGCUGCGCCAAGCGCAGCCAGGGAACUGCGUGUUUCAGAGCGUGCUGGAGCAUGCCUGCCGGCAGCCGUGCUCGGCACCUCUGUGUAUUUGUAAACCUAUCUGGCG